CAGUACAUCUCUACGCAGAAGGCUGCAUCCACCCCAGAAGCGCUGCUGGCAAAGAAAUUCAUCGACGAGCCAUCGAACACCUUACGCGAUCACGAAUAUUGCGACAUGGAAAGCGCCGCCAAGCGCAAAGCUGCGAGCAAUGCGGCGGGAGAAAGCGAAGGACGGCCAUUGAAGCGCCAGAAAGUGCCGGCUGAUGGCGAUGGUACCGAAGACGCAGGGACGAACGAGACGGUAGAAUCAACGACCGCCCUGGGACUGAGGUUCCUGGAGAGCUUGAAGAAUGCAAAGGACAAGAACGGCCGCCCAAUUGCGACACACUUCCUCACUCUUCCCGACAAGGAAUCUAUCCCCGAAUACUAUGAAGUUAUAAAGCUACCGAUUGCGCUCGAGACUAUUGAGGGCAAAUUGAAGCGCGGCGAAUACUCCAACCUUGCGCAGGUGGAAAGUGAUCAGAAACGCUUAGUGAAUAACGCGAAAUCAUACAACGACAAGAAAUCUGUCAUCUUCGAAGAUGCUGAGCGUAUACGCAAGACUGCAUCGAAUUGGAUGGUCAAGCACAAUCCUGCCUACCGAACUCAUGGCUAUCAAGCUGUCCCAACACCGAUUCCUGGCGAAGAUCCAGUGCCUUUUGGCAAACCCAUUCCCCGCGUGCAGCCCUCAACCCCGAGAACGGCUGUGAAGAAGACCCCUGAUACCUCUACCGACCGACCUCGAAGAGCAGCCGCAGCAGUGGCAUCUCAGUCUAUGACACCAGCCCCUUCCAAGUUACGGCAGUCGGCAUCCGUAGUGCCGGCAGAUGGACCUGAUGAUAAUCAAGACUUUGCUGGCAAAUCAUUCCAGCAAGCCCAAGAGCAAAUCAUCCGUGAACUCAUGGAGUAUACAGAUCCAGAUGGCCUUCUGAUCUUCUCACCCUUCGUGAACUUGCCCAACCGAGCUUUGCGCGAUUAUUAUCAGUUGAUCAAAGAACCUGUCUCUCUCCAACGUGUACACAAGAGAGUGCGAGGAAUUCAAGGUCGCGGCGACCCUACCGAUAUCACCGAAUAUAAGAGUUGGGAUGCGUUCGCAAAAAUCGUCAGCAUGAUCUGGAAAAAUGCUCGUACCUACAAUGAAGAUGGCAGUGAGCUGUACAAUGUUUCAAUUGAGCUGGAGGAAAUGUUCAACAAGCGAUUGGAGGAAGCAAAAGCAAAAGUUCCUGAGCCACCGCAACCAAAGCUGAAGCUUAAUAUGUCAACUGCAGCGGCUGCCCCUUCUACUCCCACUCCGACUGCCGCGCCGAAACAGCAGCUCAAACUCAAACUAAGACAAAGCCCGGUAUCCGAUGCUAAUACUCCUCGGGGACGGAGCUCUGCCACACCAGGAUUUAUCGUGGACAAUGAAGCGCUGCUACGACAGCAACGUCACGUGAUGGAAAGUAUGAAUGGCACUCGCUCGUCUCGCCCAUCUUCUGCUGGGAAAUCAGGCACACCAGUGGCCAACCCUUUCAAUGGAGCGAAGGGGGCCUCCUCAGCUGCAUCUCCCCUGCCAAUAACGCAGACGAAAACCGCAGCUUCACCGCCUGCCACCAAUGGAAUCAAGCGCGAUGUCCAAUCUCCCGCAUUAAAUGCCAUCAGACCAGGCAGCAACGCUCCCGAUGGUCAAGUUCAGCGUGUGAAUGUUCCGCAACAGACACCGCACGGGGUAUUGGCACUGCCCCAAGGUUCUUCUCGACCAGCAAGUGGUAGCCCGUUACCACAUACACCAUAUGGCCAGCAAGCGUCUCAUCUCAGCCAAUCCCAGCAACCGCCAACCUACUAUGUUCCCCCUGUAGCCCCCCACUUCGAAAAUUUCCGGAGUCAACCGUUGAAGAGCGUCGACGAAGCCCUCAUACCCAAAAUCACGCUAGUUACGCAUCCUAUUCUCGGGUUGCCCAAACCGUGGUCUACCGCAAUUCCAGCGAACAAACAGAAAACGUCCCACAGCGUCACGUUGAUGCUUCCUCAGGCUCACAACUAUCUCCAGGUCAUUCCCAAAGUUCCCAUCGCCUUGACGAACCGCCUCUAUCGGAUUUUUGUUACUGUCAACGGCUCUAAGAGCAUGGAAGUGAGCCGUCUACCCGUUACCGCUGGAAUCAAUGGCACCAUGCCCAAUGGUUACGAAGGCGGCAAAAAGAAAGGCGAGCCCGCGUAUGAUGCAAAGCUCAUGUCGGGAGUCAAUCGGAUCGAAAUUGAAAUCGUGGCAGAGAAAGAUCGGAAGGGAAAGCCGGAAAGCAAGGACCCGAAAGAGCAUGUGGACGUCGAAAAGUGUACGGUAUUUGUUCACCUCAUGCGAAGUUGA